UCAGCCUUGUGAAAAUCCCAGUAUCUGAUUCUUUACAGACAAGCUGGUGGUCACAUGCAUUGCACCUGUAUGAAACUUGCCUGACCACAUUACAAUCUUCACUCUAGGACUGGGCGUAGUCCGCUGCAAAUGCACAAUGGACCAGAAAAUGACAACUUCAUCCCUGCAUGACGAAGCUGUGUAAAGAACUAAGACUGAGAUGGCCAGUUCAAGUGAUGUCACACGUGUGUCAUUGCCACAGGAGGAGGAUGACCAGAUGAUUGAGGUCAUCACCUCAGAAGAAAAUACGAUGAGCGCCAACUCAGGCGAUGCCUGUAAAGCCAUCACCCUCGUCCAGACGCAGAACAUAUUUACUGCACCAACAGCUGCAGGGACAGUUGGUGAGGCUACCCUUGACAUCCAAAUAAGUGAUGCUGAAGAAAUCUUUGUUGAAACGGAGAGUUUCGGGACUAUAAAACAAAAACUGAAGGAGUUUGGCCAUGUCACCAUCUGUGGUGCUUCAGGAGAAGGCAAAACAACAGCAGCUCUCAUCUUGGGUUCACAGUAUAAGAGAAGAGGGUACAAGUUUGCCUUUGUGGACAGGAUUGAACAGUUUGACUUGGACAGCUUCUUGAGCUCAUCACCUAGAGUAUUUCUGGUCAUAGAUGACAUGUUUGGUACUGUUGGAUUAUCUACCGAUGUUUCACAGCUGAAAACAUUUCUCAAUAAGCUUGAUAGCCACUUGAAACACUGCAGAAAGUCAGCAGAGAAGCGUGAAUCCCCGAGGAAACAGGAAGCUGAGAAAAGAGGUCAAAAUAUAGCAAGUAGAGAUCCUGACCGAAAACCACAGCCCAAAAAGGAUAUUCGUGUUGUCUUCACAUCCAAGACAUACAACUUCCAUGAUGGACUUGGCCAGCUACAAUAUGAGAGAUUCUCUCUGUUCCAGGGACCAACACGGGUGGAUAUAACAACUGAAAAGAAACACAGAUAUACUCAAGCAGAGAAACAGGCAAUAUUUGAGCACCAUCGGAAUCUGCAUAGAUACACUUCUGAUGAUAGACCCGACUUCAAACCGUGGGAUAAAGAGUCAAACAUAUUUGGAUAUCCUCUCACCUGUAAACUAUAUUUUGAAUUUUCGUCUAUGUUCAAAAAUACAAAGAACAUUUUCGAGACACCACUGUCUUAUCUUAGGCUAGAACUAAACAGCUUCCUGAAGUCAAAAACUGAUCGAUCCGCCAUAUUUGUUCUGAUGCUAUUAUGUGAUGAUAAGUUAGAUUUGGCCACGUUGGAAGCAGACGGCAAGGACAAGAAACUGGACAACAUGGUCAGAAAGGUUUUAAAGUUGAUGCCAUCAGCGUCAUGCUUAGGGAUGUAUGAAGCAGCAAAGUGUCUUAGAGGAACAUUCUUUACACGGGGCGAUGCUGUUCGAUUUGCCCAUUCUUCCAUAUAUGAUGCUUGUGCUUGUUCAUUGUAUGACAUCAGUCCAACAUUUGUGCUGACUCACUGCAGUGACAACUUCAUAUAUGAGCGAGUCCAACCACAACCAGUAGAGGAAACCACAAUCGAUGAUCAUCUCCACCUAAUAUUUGUCUCCGAACAGUACUAUGAUAUCCUGACAACUCGAUUUGCAGAAUCAAUCAAGCAGGGGCAGUUUUCUAAAUCAGUGACACACCCGAUCCUCCGACAAGAAAAGGUGGCUCUUCAACUGCUUGAUAAACUACGUGUUGGAUCCCUGGAUGACUGUUGGUUUCACAAAAGAGAUAUGGGGUAUUGCUUUUUGAAUUGGGCUGUUCUUGGACACUGUACAGAGAUUGUCCUAGAAAUAGAAAAUAUAACUGGAGGAGAAUUUACUCGAACAGAGAUCAAUGAAUCCAUGGAAAGUUGUGUGGUGAACAACAACGUGACAGUAUUGAAGUGGCUUAUACCCAGGAGUGAAAAUCCAGACAUUAUUCUAACCAUGAACAGAUGGCUUUUGCUGGCUGCUGCAUUUGGGAGUUCUGAAACACUUGUGUAUCUGAUAGAACAUGGUGCUGAUGUGCUUACUACUGAUGAGAGCAAGAGAAACAUUAUACACAUAGCAAGCACGUUUGGACAUAAAAACACACUAAAGGUUCUGAAAAAACACAAGAGCAAACUCUAUCAUGAUGAAGUGAAGCAAGUUGUAAUGAAUUCUAUUGAUGACGAAGGGAUGACUCCACUCAUGGUUACUGCUUACAAUGGAUCGCAUGAGUGUUAUGAGGUAUUGCAAUCAAUAUCACACACAAAACACAGAGACAAAAGGGGAAAUGAAAUAAUUCAUCUUGCCUGUCAGGGUGGUGACACUUUUAUAGUAUCUCAUCUUGUGUCAUCUUCUAAUAUCAAUACUAGAGGCCAGAAUGGAUGGACACCCAUAAUGAUUGCAGCUUGGUUUGGAUACCAAAGUGUGUUUGACCUCCUGGUGGCAAAGCAAGCUGACCUGUCACUGGUGAACAACAAUGGUAAUUGUUUACUUCAUCUUGCCUGCAAUGGUGGUAACAAAGCUAUAGUACAACAUCUUGUGUUUCCUUCUAAUAUCAACACUAGAGGACAGAUUGGAUGGACACCAAUAAUGAUAGCAGCUGCCAAUGGACACCAAAGUGUGUUUGACCUCCUAGUAGCAAAGCAAGCUGACCUGUCACUGGUGAACAACAAUGGUGAUAGUUUACUUCAUCUUGCCUGUGAGGGGGGUAACAAGUCUAUAGUAUCUCAUCUUGUGUCACCUUCUAAUAUCAACACUAGAGGACCGAAUGGAUGUACACCCAUAAUGAUAGCAGCUUUCGUGGGACACCAAAGUGUGUUUGACCUCCUGGUAGCAAAGCAAGCUGACCUGUCACUGGUAAACAACAAUGGUGAUAGUUUACUUCAUCUUGCCUGCCAUGGUGGUAACAAGGCUGUAGUACAACAUCUUCUGUCACCUUCUAAUAUCAACACUGGAGGACAGACUGGAUGGACACCCAUAAUGAUAGCAGCUGCAAGUGGACACCAAAGUGUGUUUGACCUCCUGGUGGCAAAGCAAGCUGACCUGUCACUGGUGAACAACAAUGGUGAUAGUUUACUUCAUCUUGCCUGUGAGGGUGGUAACAAAGCUAUAGUAUCUCAUCUUGUGUCACCUUCUAAUAUCAACACUAGAGGACCGAAUGGAUGUACGCCCAUAAUGAUAGCAGCUGACAAUGGACACCAAAGUGUAUUUGACCUCCUAGUAGCAAAGCAAGCUGACCUGUCAGUGGUGGACAACAAUGGUGAUAGUUUACUUCAUCUUGCCUGCCAUGGUGGUAACAAGGCUGUAGUACAACAUCUUGUGUCACCUUCUAAUAUCAACACUAGAGGAGAGAAGGGAUGGACACCAAUAAUGAUAGCAGCUGCCAGUGGACACCAAAGUGUGUUUGACCUCCUAGUAGCAAAGCAAGCUGACCUGUCACUGGUGAACAACAAUGGUAAUAGUUUACUUCAUCUUGCCUGUAGGGGCGGUAACAAAGCUAUAGUAUCUCAUCUUGUGUCACCUUCUAAUAUUAACACUAGAGGACAUAUUGGAUGGACACCCAUAAUGACAGCAGCUCUCAAUGGACACCAAAGUGUGUUUGACCUCCUGGUAGCAAAGCAAGCUGACCUGUCACUGGUAAACAACAAUGGUUAUAGUUUACUUCAUUAUGCCUGUGAGGGUGGUGACAAAGCUAUAGUAUCUCAUCUUGUGUCCCCUUCUAAUAUCAACACUAGAGGACCGAAUGGAUGUACACCCAUAAUGACAGCAGCUGUCAAUGGACACCAAAGUAUGUUUGACCUCCUGGUAGCAAAGGAAGCUGACCUGUCACUGGUGAACAACAAUGGUGAUAGUUUACUUCAUCUUGCCUGUCAGGGUGGUAACAAAGCUAUAGUACAACAUCUUGUGUCACCUUCUAAUAUCAACACUAUAGGACAGAAGGGAUGUACACCCAUAAUGAUAGCAGCUGCCAGUGGACACCAAAGUGUGUUUGACCUCCUGGUAGCAAAGCAAGCUGACCUGUCGCUGGUGGACAACAAUGGUAAUAGUUUACUUCAUCUUGCCUGUUGGGGUGGUAACAAAGCUAUAGUUCAACAUCUUGUGUCACCUUCUAAUAUCAACACUAGAGGACCGAAUGGAUGUACACCCAUAAUGAUAGCAGCUGUCAAAGGACACCAAAGUGUGUUUGACCUCCUAGUAGCAAAGCAAGCUGACCUGUUAUUGGUGAACAACAAUGGUAAUAGUUUACUUCAUCUUGCCUGUGAGGGUGGUGACAAAGCUAUAGUACAACAUAUUGUGUCACCUUCUAAUAUCAACACUAGAGGACCGAAUGGAUGUACACCCAUAAUGAUAGCAGCUGCCAGUGGACACCAAAGUGUGUUUGACCUCCUGGUAGCAAAGGAAGCUGACCUGUCACUGGUGAACAACAAUGGUGAUAGUUUACUUCAUCUUGCCUGUGAGGGUGGUGACAUAGCUAUAGUACAACAUCUUGUGUCACCUUCUAAUAUCAACAUUAGAGGACAGGACGGAUGGACACCCAUAAUGAUAGCAGCUGCCAAUGGACACCAAAGUGUGAUUGACCUCCUCUUAUCGAAAAAUGCUGACCUGACACAUUGGAUUGCCAUCAUAAUAGUUUUCAUAGUUUUGCCUGUCAUUCGGUCGCUACGACUUUAGUUCAUUAACUGUGUCACCUGCUAACAGUGUUAAACCCGGAAGUUACAGCCCACAGAGAACAAGUUGUUAUAAUGUGUAUGUUUCCUUUCAACUAGCCUCGCAAACAUUUUGAACAUGAAUUGUUCAAGAUACCUCUGACAUCUCUGAACUCAUUUAGAAAGCUGAAAAUCUUUAAAAUGUGCUUUUAGAGUUUUAGGGGCAAAUCAGGAUUACCUCCCCCAUAUUCGUUGGAUGAGGGUCAAGUCAAAAUAUUUAGUUUGUCACAUUGACCUUGACCUUGGAGUCUCCGGAACACGCCACUGACAUUAUCAGAUGUCUGCACCAUCCUCAGAUACAAAUGGCCCAUAGCACAGUUUGUUGCACAUAUAUCAGUUACCUAGACACAUAUCUAUUUGUUAAACAUUUUACCUUAUAGAUCAAACAAGUCUUAAGAAAAUAUGGUUCAUACUAGUCUGUCUUACAGACCCUGAUACAAAUUUAUCAAAUACAGCCCAUGCAAGUCUAUAAUGUUUAUACAAGUCUAGAUUACAGCAGUAUGAGGAAAUGAAGAGAAUCUCUUGGCUCCUUUUUAUUAUAUUUUUAUUAAGAUAAUUUAACUGUUGUUGAUUUUUUCUGUACGAUAUGUUCAUUUCAGAGACUAGAUAUUAGUCUAGGUUUAUACUUGUACAUUGUAUUCCAUCAAUACUUAUUAAUUGAAUUUCCGAUGUCUGCAUUGUAAUUCCUACAUUCUCUAUAGGUAAAUUGGGCACAUAUUAAUUGAAUUCAUUUCCCAAUGAAGGUAAAACAUUAGGCCACGCCCACCGAAGCGGAGUACUAACCUCACUACGGAUUGUCGGGGGAAUUCCCUGUCAGCUCACAUGUAUCAUCAUGAAAUUAUCAGACCUAGUAACCGUUCAGUGCGGUUUUUCAUUAUCAAACAUACAACCAAUACCGCCAUCUUUCACACUCACUGCACAAAGUCAGACAUCGCACAAUCUCAGUUCCACAAAUUUCCUGUCUUCAAGUUUCAUUUCAUUUCUAACUCAAUUUUUUUCCAACUGUGUCUUCCAGUUCUCAGGGAAUUAGUAUGUUGAUCUGACGGCCAUUGAUUAGAUCAGCCGCCUUAAAUUCUCCAAUCAUAAUAGCUGCAGUUCUUCAUGCCUUGAUUGAAAGGUCCUGUGAACUGUGUUUGAUAUCGAUGUUAAUUGGCUACUGACUUUGUGGGCGUGUUAAGCUCUGUGCAUAAAUUAAACAGUCACCUGAUUCAUGUCAUGCCACAUUAUGUAUUUCUACGCCUGGAAUGUUAAUCAAUCUCGUCAUAUUUGUCUGCUUUGAUGUAUAUAACUGUUUUUUUGAUAACACAUGUUUUCAUUGUCAAAUUAUAUUAUAAGGAUUGACUGUGUAUUUUUGUUUCGGCUCAUUGAGGUCUCAUAGCGACCAAUUUGGGACAUCCUUUGUCUGAAUGAACAUCUAAUUACAAAGGCUAAUUCCCCUGUAGCCAUGACAUGUAUGUGUCUAAAAUUACUUAAUUGCCAUUACUUAUAAGAUGCGCAUCCCAAUUUUCAAACCCCAUUGUAAUGUACAUUGACUGACAGCCAUCAAGAACGAGAUGUGCAGCUAGGUCACUUCUCAUUAUUUGUGGGGCGGACGUAUAGCCUUGUGGUUAAAAGCGUUCGCUCGUCACGCCGAAGACCUGGGUUCGAUUCCCGACAUGGGUACAAUGUGUGAAGCCUAUUUCUGGUGCCCCCCGCCGUGAUAUUGCUGGAAUAUUGCUAAAAGCGGCAUAAAACCAUACUCACUCACUCACUCACUUAUUAUUAGUGUUGUUUAUAUCUUAAUCCGUUUCAUAUGACCUUGGCUAAGUCAUGGUCCCAAGACGACAAAAAUCCAUACUCAUACUCAAAUGAAAGGAAAGUAGCCAUCUCACUCCUGAGACUCGGUCACAAAAAGCAUUAUGCUAAGGUAUGCCCAUCUUGAAUCCAUAGCUCAUUUGUUACUGGAAUGUCGAGACCAUACCCCAGUCUGAGCUCGGUUAAAACAAGGAGUGCAGUCUAUCUGUUGUAGAUCUCCUAAAGCCACUAUAUGCUCAGCUCCUCGAACGUAUAUAAACAACACAGCAAAGAAAAUUCUACCAAUUACUAAAAAUGUAACAUAAAAUCAUAUCAAUACAAAAACAGAAUUUUUUUCAAUACUAAAACUCACAAUAGAUAUGUGUACCCCACUCAUACGCAUGGGUCCCAAGAGGGACAGGUCAGCCGAAAUUGCUAAGGCAGAAGGCGACCUCUUAAACAUCUGAAUCAACAACAACAAUAACACGAAAAAUAUGCAGAUCCCACCCCAAGCCCUGUUGGGGUUAAGGUCGGUGCUUUGGGUCACCAACACAACAACCACUACAACUAGGUGCUGCCCACACAGUACUUCUUAUAUAAAUCUACCUGUAUAAAGCAAACUUGUUUAUACUGCAAGCCAUCUACUCCUUGUUAUCACUUCCUACUAAGAACCAUACACCGACCUCUUGCAUGUUUUGUUAGUGUGUUGUUUGACGCCGCACUCAGCAAUAUUCCAGCUAAUUGAUGGUGUCUUGCAUGUAUGAAUAUACAAAUAAUCUCAUCAACGUCACCUCUGCCUGCAAACGAUCCAGCCAUAGCAUUGUUUGCGGUGUGAAUCGAAAAAACCUGUGUGCAAACUUCUGUAAGAAAUCGGUUUUUUUUAUUCAUACCUCAAUGAACCGAAAAAAGUACACAGUCGAUUCUUAAUUAACAACUUCAAUAUCCUUACGAACCUACGAACUAUAUUUAAUUGAACAUUAGUAGUAUGCAAUCAUGCAUUACACAGUAUUAAUACAGAUUGAAAGAUUUCUGGUGUAUUUUUUAAAAAAUUUCCACAAAAGUUCAAAAGCAGGAAUGUUUUGUUAAUUAGAGAUGUAUUUUAGCUCUAGGACAUACUGGUUACUGUCAGGUUGAAAAAGAGAGAUUCUUAUUCCCGAUGCGACAUUUACUUACUUGUUUUCCUCCAUUUGGUCAAAGAUAUUUAUGGAGUAAUUAAAUGAGUUUAUUUUAUCUCUGCUUUAAAAAAAUAUUAAAUCCUCUUGAAUACUGACUUUUUAUCGCAAAAUUCACAUAUUCAUUUACCAAGUUAAUUUCUUGUGCUCAUUUACCUGAAGCGAUACGAUGUAGAAACGUUUUUUUCUCCAAAAUUGGGGGUGUACAUAUACUGAAGUGUGCAUUACACCACAGAAGUCCGUAUCUAAAAAUAGACGCCCUCAUGCAUAUUCAUGACCAUCUCCACCCACACGUGUGGAGAUGGUCAUGAACAUGCAUGAGAAAUAUUCAGAAUUUUAUCAGACAUUCUACCAUGAAUUUGGAAAUUGCUCGAUUAUGAUUGGUUAAUCAGAGGCUUUUUCAAUCACAGUUAACCCCUUCUGAUUGAAACAGCUGGUUUGGCGGACGCAUGACCGCUGUAGCGUAUAAUUCUUGCGAAUCCUCUACCCCUGUUACAUCUUUGCCAAUAUCCUGUAUUUUGGUUUCAGUUACAAAGUUAAAAUUUUAAGAUUUUCGACAGACGUCCUCUUCACUGUCAAUAACACAUUUAGUUGUUCCCGAAUAGCACCGUAAUCACCCAAGCGAUGACGUGUGCAAUGGCAUGAAAUUCAUAAAUAGCAAAAGGCAACAAUUCAGCAUGUGUCUGAUAGAUGUGGAAACUUUCAUCCGGAAUUGAACCCUACCCUACUCGUUGCCAUGGAAACGU